AUGUCUACCGUUUACUUUGAUGUCUCCGCUGAUGGUGAAAGAUUAGGAAAGAUCACUUUCAAAUUAUAUGAUGAUGUUGUUCCAAAAACUGCUGAAAAUUUCAGAGCUUUAGCUACUGGUGAAAAAGGUUUUGGUUACAAAGGUUCUAUUUUCCACAGAGUCAUCCCUCAAUUCAUGCUUCAAGGUGGUGAUUUCACCAACUUUAACGGUACUGGUGGUAAGAGUAUUUAUGGUACCAAAUUUGCUGAUGAAAACUUUGUCAAGAGACAUGAUAGACCAGGUUUGUUAUCUAUGGCCAAUGCUGGUCCAAACACCAAUGGUUCUCAAUUCUUCAUUACCACUGUUCCAUGUCCAUGGUUGGAUGGUAAACACGUUGUUUUCGGUGAAGUCACUGGUGGUUUAGAUGUUGUUAAAAAGAUUGAAUCUUUUGGUUCUGGUAGUGGUGCUACUUCUAAAAAGAUUGUCAUUGAAGAAUCUGGUCAAUUGUAA